AAACUUUAGAACAUGCCAUAAAAUCUUAAGAUACAAAUUUGUUUCCAUCAAAUGCUACCGAUACCCUCCCAAAUGAGUAUAGGGGUAAAUUAGAGAAGGAUUGAAAAGCCAAAUUUCCGUUUUAUUAUUCAAAACUAUUGUUGCUUUUACUCUUUGAUUUUUCUGAACCCUAUUUCAUUUCACGCCAGCCACCCCCUCCAUCCCCUCUCUCCCUCCAUCUCACUGCCACCCUCUGCACGCCGGACGCCACCCCUUCCCGACGUACCGACUACCUCCCGGCGAAGUCUCCGCCACUUCAUCCCUCCGACAUUCGCUCGCCUCUAGACCAAACAGAGUUGGUUAUCUCUGUUUUUUUCUCUUUUACUCAGAAACAGAAAGUGGUUCAGUCCCUCACGCCCACUGCCGGUCAUUUUUCAGAUCCCCGAGCAUGUGUAGGAGUUGUAUAUGGAUAAGGCCAUAAGGAUCACCACCAUGGCGAACAGACGGUGUUUACAAGUACUAACUCGUCAUGCCUCAGCCAUUCUUUCCACCAAGCCAUAUAUCCACACGCUGAAAAUUGCACCUUCCCUCCUUUUCGAGAAUUUCCAUACUCAUGCUUCUCUAUCAAACUGCCUUUCUGCUAAAACUGAUCCUUCUUUGUGUACCUACUGGUCACAUACCCGAUAUCUCUCAUCUGAUAGUCGGAAUGGCAAUGAGGAUGAUUUUACUGAAGAUGAAGAUGAAGAUGAAGAUGAUGAAGCAUAUGAUAGUGAGGAUGAUGGUAUUUCGACAUCGAGUAGGGUUAUGAAAAAGGAGUAUACAAAGGAGGAGAUGGAGGCUGAAGCAGCUGCUAUUGGAUAUAAAGUAUUAGGGCCACUCGAUCAAUCUGAAGGGAUUUUCAAGCCUUACGAGCCUGCUUUUGCUGUUGUUCAGAUUGGCUCACACCAAUUCAAGGUUAGCAAUGGAGACAGCAUUUUUACUGAGAGAUUAAAAUUCUGUGAUGUGAAUGACAAGUUGAUAUUGAAUAAGGUUCUCUUGGUUGGCUCAAGUAGCCAAACGAUUGUAGGUAGGCCAACAGUACCAAGUGCGUUUGUUCAAGCAGUUGUUGAGGAACAUGCAUUAGAUGCAAAAGUAAUCAUCUUCAAGAAAAAAAGGAGGAAGAACUACCGCAGAACCAAAGGACAUCGCCAGGAAUUAACAAAGUUGAGGAUUGUUGAUAUUCAAGGUAUCGAAAAACCAGAAAACAUUGGAAAGCCUUCAAAAGUAACGGAUAAGAAGCAAGAACAAGUUGCAGUAGCUGCUUAAGUAGAAGGUUCCAUGAUUCUUACUAGCUAGAAGUGCUAAGUUGGAUCUUGUAAUUCCUUAGAAGGGAGUCCUUUACUCCCAGCUAGGCUUGUUUCGUAGGAAGGCCACUUUGCUAGGAUUCCCAUUUCUUUUCUUCGUUUUCCUGGCAGUUUUCCCCAAAAAUGCGAUGUCUUCUAUUUGAAUAAAUGAAAUUUUCUCAUCAGAAUUGUGGUCAUACAUUUGAGAAGAGUUUGGAAUUGUAUGGACUAGGAUUUAUGCCAUAUAUAUCAGAUAUGUAUGGUAGAUAUUGAGUUUCUUGAUUUGUUGGGAGGUUACAGGAUCAUACAUUAUAUAUUUUUCUUUUAUUUUUUA